UACACUGUUAUUGUGUCCAGUUUGUGCCAAAACAUUAGGAGAUGUUUCCAGAUGUUUCCAGAUGUUUUGUUCCUCAAACCUUUACACUCAUGCACGAACACUAUUAACCUUAAAAUACUAAAAGAGCAGGAAUUAAAGAUCAUCACUGCUUUGUUUACCUGUUUGUGAUUAGAAGGUGUUGAUUAAUAAGGUGUGUGUGUGUGUGUGUGUGUGUGUGUGUGGUGCAGUUAGAGGACAGUUAGAGCUCCUAACCCCCACGGCUCGGCGUGUGUUAUUCCUUUUCCGCUGCAGUUUCCAGCUGUAGUCUGUAGUGAGGACAGGAACUCGCGGGUCCUAAAGCCGCCUGCUUGAUGACAUCACUGUGUUUUUGUCCCCCCGCUUCCACACCCAGGCGUUCCCGCACGCGGAACUACGGCGCAGAGCUGCGGAGCUGCCGAGCGCCGGCCGUCCCGGUGCAGAGCGGAGACUACCACCCGCUUAAACCCAUUACAGUGACGGAUUCCAAGUCCCGCCGCGGCGCUCGAAAAGGCAGCACGUCCUCCUCGUCCUCGUCCUCGGGCUCCGUCGCUCCCGACCCGCUGAGCUCCAUGCUGGAGGGCACCGACCCCCUGUCCCUCUUCGCCGCCGCCGCCUCGGCCGGCGACGCCCCCGCGCUGCCCCACAGCAGCUCCUCCGUGGAGCUCGGGAGGAAGCGCAGGGAAAAAGAAGAGGAAGUGGGCGGGGACUUUGAGCCGUGGUCGGCUAAACGCGGCGAGAUCCUGGCCCGGUUCACCACCACGGAGAAGCUGUCUAUAAACCUCUUCAUGGGCUCUGAGAAGAGUAAAGCCACCAGCCCCAGCUCUGCAGUCUCAGAGAAAGUGCGCACUCGUCUGGAGGAGCUGGACGACCUGGAGGAGGGCUCUCAGAGGGAGCUCCUGAACCUUUCUCAGCAGGAUUAUGUUAACCGGAUCGAGGAACUGAAUCAGUCCCUAAAGGAGGCGUGGGCUACGGACCAGAAAGUCAAAGCGCUCAAAAUCGUCAUUCAGUGCUCCAAGCUGCUUUCCGACACGUCUGUGAUCCUGUUCUACCCCAGCAAGUUCGUCCUGAUCACAGACAUCCUCGACACGUUCGGUCGUCUGGUGUACGACAGAAUCUGGUCCAUGUGCUCGGAUCCGGAUCCUCUGCCAGACUCGUUUUCGGUGGACGACGUGAACGACACGGCCAGAGAGACCUGCCUCAACUGGUUCUUCAAAAUCGCCUCCAUCAGAGAGCUCAUCCCUCGCCUAUACGUGGAGGCGGCCAUACUGAAGUGCAACCGCUUUGUAAACAAGUCCGGGAUUCAGGAGACGCUUCCUCGUCUCACAGCUAUGAUCCGGGGGAUCGGGGACCCUCUGGUGGCCGUGUACGCUCGAGCCUACCUGUGCAGGGUGGGCAUGGAGGUGGCGCCGAACCUUAAAGACAGCCUGAACAAGAACUUCUUCGACCUCCUGGCGUCGUUCAGACAGAUUCACAGCGACAGUGUUCAGAACCAGCUGGUCAUCCAGAGGGUGGAGAUUCCCGUCUACCUCACGCUGUAUUCUCCUGCCAUCCACUGGAUCCUGCAGUGUGUGGCCUACCGAGCCCCUGAUGUGCUGCUAACAGAAAUGAUGGAGAGGUGCAAGAAGCUCGGCAACAACGCGCUCCUCCUAAACUCCAUCAUGUGGGCCUUCCGGGCCGAGUUUGUGGCCACACGAGCCAGCGACUUCAUCGGCAUGAUCAAGGAGUGUGACGAGGCUGGGUUUCCCAAGCACCUCCUGUUCGGCUCUCUGGGCCGCAGUCUCGCCUGCGCCGACCCUCCCGAGAGCGAGAGGCUGCCCGUCCUUAACGAGGCCUGGAAGGUCAUCACGAAAGUGCGCAGCCCACAGGACUACAUCAACUGUGCAGAGAUCUGGGUGGAGUUUACCUGCCGUCACUUUACCAAAAGGGAGGUGAAUACCGUGCUGGCUGACAUCAUCAAACAUAUGACCCCUGACCGCGCCUUCGAGGACGCGUAUCCACAGUUGCAGUCAGUGAUGAAGAAGAUCCUCACCUACUUUCACAACUUCUCUGUCCUCUUCUCCAUGGAGAAGUUCCUACCCUUCUUGGACAUGUUCCAGAAAGACAGCGUGAGGGUGGAAGUUUGUAAAUCCAUCAUGGACGUCUUCAUCAAACAUCAGCAGGAGCCGACUCGUGACCCGGUCAUCCUCAACGCUCUGCUCCACGUCUGUAAGACCAUGCACGACUCGGUCAAUGCUCUCACAGUGGAGGACGAGAAAAGAGCUCUAGCUCUGCUGAUCAAUGGCUUCAUCCGCAUGGUAUCUUUUGGGCGGGACUUUGAGCAGCAGUUGAGUUUCUGCGUGGAGGCCAGAGCAACCUUCUGUAACCUGGAGUCAGUCAUCAUUCAGCUGGUUCAUACGGUGAAUCAUUUAGCCAUGGAGACCAGACGAGUCAUGGGCGGGAAUCACUCGCGCAAAACGGCGGCGUUCGUCCGGGCUUGUGCAGCGUACAGCUUCAUCACCAUUCCGUCUCUCAGCAGCAUCUUCAGCCGUCUCCAUCUCUACCUGCUGUCGGGACAAGUGGCUCUGGCCAAUCAGUGCCUGUCCCAGGCUGAUUCCUUCCUGAAGGCAGCGGUGGGCAUUUUGCCCGAAGUGCCCCGUGUCAUCAGCGUGGAGGGUAAACAGCGCUCCUCUGAGCCCUUCCUCCUCGACUUCAUCAGUAACUUCCUCUCCACGCUGCUGGUGGUGCCGGACCACCCUGAGCAGGGUGUGUUGUACCUGGUGAGAGGGCUGUUGAACAUGGUGCAGGACUACACCUGGGAGGACAACAGCGACGCUAAAGUGCGCGUGUACAUCAGUGCGUUACCCCUGCUGGCUGCCAUGAGUCAGGAGAGCUACCUCUACACCAUUCCUAAAGUGGAGUCGAACGAGACGCUGUACGGCGGCGACCCCAAGUUCAUAGCAGAGAUCAGCCGCGUGUGUGAGACGGUGAUUGGACAGGUGCUGGAUUACCUGAAGACUCUGAGCCAGGACGAGGGAGCGCGCCGGCAGGGAGCUCUGGCUUUCUCUCUGUUCAGCUGCUUGUUGGCUCACGGAGAUCUGCGCAUCAACAAACUCAACCAACUCGCCGUUAAUCUGUGGAACCUGAGCCACAAGAACGGCUACUGCGACACGCGCGCCUCGGUGCGUACCCUGGAGCACAUCAAGCAGCAGGCCCAGCAACCCGACGCGGCUCACCUCUCCGACAUGCUCCUGCGGCUCUCCCUGCAGUCACGAGCCUGAACCUCUCUGACCUUUGACCUUUGCGUGUCCAGGUCCACACAGUGCUUCUGAUCCUCCUGUUACCAGUAUGGUGUGUGUGUGUGUGUCACAGCUUCACUCCCCUUACCCCUCUCACUCGGACCACACCGGCCCAGCACACACCCAUUACAUAAACCUUGUGAAAACCCGGCGCUGAUGGCGAGGCUCACACUCUCCCGACACCUGAUUGGUCGAGAUGUGUGUGUGUGUGUUUCUGGAGAACGUUGUGAAUUUAUAGUUGAUUAGUAAUAAUUAGAGUAUUCUCUACAUAACUGCACUUUUUGCUUCACUGUUAAUCACCUGUAGCUCAGCUUACUGUAACGCAACAUGACUACGAAUCUCACACUUUAAUAAACCUUUUGCAUAUUUUAAAUGUU